AUGUCAACUGAAACAAAUAAUAAUAAUACUAUAGAUGAUGUUAUAGAAGAUCAAAAAGAAGAAGAUCAAAAAGAAGAAACAUUAGAUUUAGAUAAAAUUAAAUUAUUACCUGGAUCAUCAGAAGAUGGUACAUCAGCAAGUUUUCAAAUUUUAGAAGAAGAUCAUACUUUGGGAAAUGCCCUUAGAUAUAUAAUUAUGAAAAAUCCAGAAGUUGAAUUUUGUGGAUAUAGUAUACCUCAUCCAAGUGAAAAUAAAUUAAAUAUUAGAAUUCAAACAUAUGGAAAUAUAAGUGCUGUUGAAGCUUUACAUCAGGGUUUAGAUAAUUUAUGUGAAUUAUGUUGUGUAAUUGAGGAUAAAUUUGCUGAAAAAUUAAAAGAAGGUAACUAUUCAAAUAUAGAUCCAUAA